CAAGGAGAGCAGAUCUGAUCGACAUCCCAGCGGCAGUCGGAAUGGAAGCCGCCGCCGCGCGUGCAGAAUCCCAUGGUCGCGGGGCGAAGCCUCAAAGGAGGAGGACCGCUGAGAUUCCUUCCUCCCGCGGGGCCAAGAGGACGACUUUGAGUCCUCUGCGGCCAAGCCCCAGUUUUGGCGCGAAAUCCCGCGCGGGACCGCGCGCGCAGAUCCCCUCUCGGCGGGGUUUGGAUGAUAAUUCAAAGAAGCAGCUGCGCACCGUCUGCCGCGAACAGGUCUCCACUCUCCAAUCGGCCGGGUUGUUUGUUUUGAUUCCAAUUGGGCGCUCAUAGGAGGAGGACUGGAGGAGGGACUUGUCUUAACCCCGACGAUGAUGGAUGGGUGGUGCUUCUCAGGGCUCAUCGACCCUCCUGAUAACAACAGCAGCUGGAGGGACUGGUCUGAUCUCGGAGAUGGGCCAGCGGGGCUCAUUGCGGAGCGUGUCCUCGCAUACGACGUUGCCGACUACGUCCGCUUCCGCGCCGUGUGCCGGCCAUGGCGGCAGUGUUCCCCCGAUCCGCGCACGCACGGCGGCCUGGACCGCCGGUUCCAUCCCUGGAGGUGGACCAUGCUCCGGGAGGAGCGACCCGUGCCGGACCGGCCCUGCUUCCUCAACACAUCCACAGGCGAGUGCGUCAAGGUUGAUAUCCCAGAGCUCCACGACCACGAGCUGCUCUCCUUCACCUCCGAGGGCCUCCUUGUCCUGGUCCACAAGACCCAGCGCGCCACCGUCCGCCUACUCAACCCACUCACCCGCCACAUCACCGAGCUCCCGCCGCUGACCACGCUGCUGCCCACCAAGUACCACCACUGCAAGCCUUUCGAGAAUUAUAUCUAUUUCGAUGGGGAACUCGCAACGUGGGGCUCCGGCAUUGCCAACGAUGGUUCAACAGUGGUGCUCUGCCUCAACUGGCUCCGGAUGAUUGGCGUGGCUAAGCCGGGCGACGACUCCUGGAAUUUGAUCAAGUACAAUGGUGAUGGGAUGACAGCGGCGCCUCUAACGUUUGCUGGCCGUUUCUACUGUGUUAACCUCAGCGGUGUCAUGGUGCUGGAGAUGGGUGCAGAGCAGCCACCACAGCUUAAGGUGUCUGCCAAGCUGCGUAUGCGUGUCACCCCAAUCGCGGAUAGCGUGCACCUCGUCGACAACUGCGGGGAGCUGAUGCUGGUGCAUCGUCGGUGUGGUCGGCUGACAGCACGGAAUAAAUCUGGGUGGGGCUACGACGUUUAUCGAGUGGAUUUGAAAGCCGGGAGACUAUUGCGGGUCAAGAGCUUGGGUGGCAAUUCGGUGUUCAUGGGCCUGUGUUGCUCUCUUUCAGUGCCUCUGAACAUUUUCCCCUCCCACUCCAUUAGUGCUGACACCAUCUACUUGAGCUUGGACUUCAAUGAGAGAAAGGCGUUAAAAGCUGCAGCAUAUCAUCUUGCAGAUGGAAGCGUCGACCCCCCGUGUAGCCUGGCGCCACGGCCGCAUACUCUCACUGACUGUCUGUCAUUGUCCAUUACUGAGUGAUAAUUUAGCAGGCAUGGUUCAUGCAAUAUGCACUCUUUAUCCUGUUUGGUUAGCAAGUACUAGUAUUUUACUGCAUGUAUCUAGGUAGAGUUAUCUAUGGAUGGCUAGUCCGGCUUAAUUUGCAUUCUGAAUCCACCAGCCAUACAUACUGAUUUGUAAAGCAUCUUGCUAGCCAAUCUUGUGUGAAAAUGAGUUUAACCCUGAAAAGCCAAGGCAUAGUAUGCACAUGAUCUCUUCUUUACUGCUGAUGUUGAAACAACCCGAUGUUGCAUAUUCUGCUAAAAUAGUCUAAUUACUUGAGAAUGAUCUUUUAUUGGAGAAAAUAUCAAUGUGUACUGCUAUCCUUUUUUAUUUACUUCUGUAAUAAGGUGCUUGUGCCAUAAUGACUGUUUUGUAAUCUGAGCAGUGGUAUAUUCUGAGUUCACUUAAGGCAAAUAUAGAAUAACAAAAAAAGGCCAUUGCUUUAUAACCUCAGUAGGAUCUGUAUGCCUUUGUUCUAUCAAAUGGGGGUUCACACAAAACAGGUUGCAGUUAUGAAGUCACAAGGCAGGUAUUUACAAAGAGCUUAACACCUCUACCAUGAUUUUGUCCUUGCUACCCGUGAUGUGCAAAACUACCAUGUGAGUAAUCAUCACUAAGACUAAUUGAAACUGCAUAUAAAAUAUUUAUAUUAGCAAGCAAAAAAUAAAUUACCCAAUAUAGCUGAAGCACGGGAUGGGGCAGAGAGCAAAACAAAUGGGAGGAUAUAAAGAGCACUGAAACCCGGAAGCCAAAGUGAUUUUUCGACUUGUUCAUGAAAUUUGUAGAAGCUUAGACUAACUUUUUUAAGUUUGCCCCGCAAAACAAAAAAUUCUUAAGUUUGGUUGUUCAAAUUUUCCCUUGCAUUAUAGCCAGACAGUGGAGAAGUGUUUUUUUGUUCCAAUGGUUGUAUAUGAAAGAACUGAGUGGUACAACAAUCACUGUCUUCUGAUCCAUGCAGCCUGGUUUAAAACCCUUGGAGGGAGCGAAUUUGUGGGCAAUUCCACUUGCUCCGGUUUCAUUUUUUUUUUACUUAAUGUUGCCAUGUUGGUAUCUACAGGUUUUUGCAAAUUUGGCUUGCACAAGCUCAUCUGCUUGAAGAAUAGGAUUGUUUUGUGCAUUUGAACCAAAAGCAGGACCCAAAGUUAGCUUUACUAUCUAGUGCAAUUUUCUCUAAGUACAUUAGUUUAGAAUAGCAAGGUUUAUAUUGUGAGCAUCCGUUUUUUUAUAAUGGUGGUUGCAUUAAUUAGGAAAUAGGGAGUUUGUUGAAACCGUGAAUGGUCAGAAGUCAGAACCAACACACAAUCUGCAUCUUGAUCAAAUAAAACACCUGAAACCCCAACGCCCACUCUGUUGACCUUCUGGAACUCCACCUUCAGCAGAGAAAAAUUUGUCAUCUUAAGGAUGGACACAAUGUCUCUGAUCAUCGACCUAGAUUAAAGCGGUGCCUGCAAUCCUGUCAAGUGAGCUAAACAUUCAGGUUCCAAAUUACAGGUUUGUCAGAGUGCAUCACAACAAAAUUUAAUGCUUCCAUACUCGAAGGGCUUCAAUAUUACCCCAUGCCGAGUGGAUUACCUAGGCACACCGUUAUCUCUGAGCACUAGACCCCAAGAGCCUGUCCCAGCCUAAACUGUUUGUUUCGGGAUCGAACUGUCAUGAACUUCUAGAAAUGGAACGCACAGCUACCAGGAGAAGUUUGGGUUUGUGUUCAGAUAUGUUAAUGUAGGUCUGUAAGAGGACAUCUCACGUUUGUACAUGUCCAUCUUAUAGUAUCAGGUACCUUGUUUUCGUAAUUGACCUUUAUGUGACAGCCGAUUUGGCUUAUUUCAAUUGAUCGAGUUGCAACUGGCCAAUUUGGUUUGGAAAUUUGGUUUGGAGUAGUCCUCUCAGUGAGAAUGUGGUGUGAUCUGUGGAAGCAGUGCUAAAAAUCGGAACCAAGGUAGCAUUAGCAUUUCUCUACUGCAUCAUUUUAAGUAUAGUUUGAAGAAUAAUAUGCAGCUUCCUCUAUGCAUCAUGCAUCUUGUUAUUGUUUAAUACAGGAUCAUGAAUUUGUUUUUCCAAUGGCAGGAUCAUGAAUCUUGUUAUUGAAACUAAACCUAGUUGUUUCGGUGAGAUGAUAUACUACUACAGGAUCAUGAAUGUUGUUAUUGGAACUAAUCCUAGUUGUUUCUAUGAGAUGAUAUACUUUGGGCACUCACUGAGAGACAAGAGCAACUUCAGAGAUUAUGGCCGGCACCUUAAGCACAAAUCCUGCUUCUUGCCUGAGCUUGGUGCCGAGGGGGUCGUCCACUCAUAUGAGUAAGUCGAGGAUCUGAAGACUAUUAUUUGUAGUGGUUAUUUACCAUCACUUAGAAGCUCCAGAAUGCUGGAUUUUCAGGCGCACACUGCUAGAAUUUUACCGACUGUAGAAUAUUUUAUCUCUGAAAGAGUCCAUUACAAAAAUCCUAGGUUCCUAGCCCAU